CCAACGAAUUGCAGAAUUACAGCCCAAAAAACAAAAAACCUAAAGCUAACCUCCGUUCUCUCUCUUCGCCUCCUUUGUUAAAUCGCCGCCUACCACUACCGCCUACCUGCUGCUAGUCUGUUACCAGCCCCGCCUCCGCCGGCAGCCACGCAUCUCGCUGCCCGCAGGCCGCAGCCGUCGACGCAGACCCGCAUCAACACUCGCAGAUUCACAGACGGCAUCAGCUCGUUCCUUCGAGGCCUCGACACAGUCACGCAAAGUCGCGGACCCUGGCCCCUAGUAGGCCAGUCGCAGCCGGCAGCCCGCACUAGCACGGUAGCAGUGAUUUUCGAUUUUCGAGGAAGACGAAAAUUUGUGGAGGAAAUGAUAAAUGGACAAUGAUUGAGCAUUUGAGCUAACCUCCGUUCUCUGUCUUCGCCUCCUUUGUCAAAUCGCCGCCUACCACUACCGCCUACCUGCUGCUAGUCUGUUACCAGCCCCGCCGCCGCCGGCAGCCACGCAUCUCGCCGCCCGCAGGCCGCAGCCGUCGACGCAGACCCGCAUCAGCACUCGCAGAUUCACAGACGGCAUCAACUUGUUCCUUCGAGGCCUCGACACAGUCACGCAAAGUCGCAGACCUUGACCCCUAGUCGGCCAGUCGCAGCCGGCAGCCCGCACUAGCACGGCAGCAGUGAUUUUCGAGGAAGACGGAAAUUUGUGGAGGUUGAUUUGUAAAUGGAGGUUACUGGAGUAGUAAAAGUUGUGGGUCGCCUUGACACCAUUGCUCUAGUUAGGGAAUCAUUACGUAAGGAUUCUCAAACUUUUCUUGACCAUUGUCUUGGUUUGGGAGGUCUUUUCAGAGUUUUAUCAUUAGAGAAACAUUCCAUUUUGUCGCACUUUGUGUCAAAGGUGUUGAGCUAUUAUAAUCACACUUCCAACACCUUUGACAUUAAUGGGCAUAAACUAGGAAUAACACUACAAGAUGUGUUAUUUCUAGCUAAAUUGCGCAUUGAUGGCAAACCAGUCCUCAUCCAAGAAUACAGUAGUAAGCAUUCUGCUACUGUAUUCGUAGAUGAGGAGAUCUCUGAUGUUUCAGCGGCCAAGUUGUACAAGAUAAUCUACAACACCGAGAUCGAAUGGAAGAAGCGGAAAAUGGCAUUGUUGAUGCUUAUUGCACGGUGCUUCAUAAUGCCGUCCACCGAUGGGCUAAGUAUGUAUUCCCCCUUCUUUGAAGUGCUAAGUGAUCCAGAUACCACAUCUGCCACUUAUGCAUGGGGAGCAGCCAUGCUAGCUUUUCUUCAGCAUCACCUGGAAAAAUGGGGUCAAUGUAAGGAGAACAAAUUAGCUGGCAAUGUAUGGCUAUUGGUGUGCUUCUUCUUGGUGCGGAUCCCAAAGCUCUGGGACUGUUUAGGCCUUGAAUCAGUGAGAGGUGAGUUGGAGGCGAGGCCAUUGGAUGAGCACGAGCUUCCUAUGAGGUGGAUAAUUGAAAAGGUGGCUACAAAAUCCAUGGACCGCCGGGGAAGUUACGUAAAGAAGAUGCAUGAGCUUUUUGAGAGUCUUGAAGAUGAGGAUAUUUGCUGGACACCCUAUGCCUCAUGGCUGCUUCCAGACGAGCUUAAACAAGAUAAGCCGUUUGUGACUCGUCUUGGCCCUAUUUUUUGCAACAAUUUUGUGGUUCAUCAUAAACCACAUAUUGUUGCAAAACAAUUUGGCCAAGUAGACGUAAACUUGGAAGGUCAUAAACUCAGCUUUUUUGAUCAUAGAAUUCGAUUUGUGAAUAAUCGUGGGUCUCAUGGCCACAAUUAUACCGAGUCGUACAAGAUUGAAUUGCUUAUGUGGAAUCAAAAGCUCUGUUUCCUAGAAGAUGAGUCAGAAAUAGAAGAAAAUGAGGGUGACCGGAUUCCGCGGAGGGGCAAUCGUUGUUUAAUCGUUGAGCCACUUGUCUAGUGAUGG